AUGGGUCGGGGAAUCGUUGCUCCUUGUACAUGCUCAGUGUUAGCGUCAAUGAGGAAAGAGGGGCCAUCGAGCGGAAGUUCGACCGAAACUCAAAAAUGUGGAAACCCGGGUUGCACAACAGCUUGUGGUUGUCCAUCGGCGUGUUGUGGUGGACCCUAUCAAGCCGUUGCCUACCAUGGAACGAUCUAUUGCUCAUUGGAAGAGCCGAUUUCCUGUGUCGGAUCUUGGGAACCAUGGUUCAACUACACGUUGUGCAAUGACACGUGUGGAAUGUGCGGCACUUACACACAACAACGAUACUGUAUGCCGCCUGGCUGUCAAUGCACCGGCUCUUUCACUCAAACAAUGCCUUGCGCUGCAUCCGUCUGUGCUUCUCCGCGGAGCGCUUGUUGCACUGGGUUCACAGAAAAAGCGAAUACCUGUUCUGUAUCA